UUUCAUACGUGACUGAGAAAAAGAUUGCGAUCUCUUUCUAGCAUACGUAAACCGCAUUGGCGCUACGUCCGCUUGUGAUCAAUAUGUCCACGUGACCUCUCGUUAGUCAGUCGAGACUCGCGUAAUUGCAAAUGCAAAAUGUCUGAAGGAACGCUUGUGUUAAAAAUGAAGUCAUAAUAUUUUGUUAACAGUUUGUAGUGUUCUAGUGUAAAAUGCCUGCAUCAAUUGGUGUUAAUUUACGUGUGACGGGCCAUUGUAGCCAAGGCGGGAGAAAGUAUAUGGAAGAUUUGUUUUCCGUUGCGUAUCAACAAACCGAGGACGAGAGAGAUUUGGAGUAUGCCUUCUUUGGAAUUUACGAUGGGCACGGUGGAAGCGAGGCCGCAGCUUUCGCGAAGGAGCACUUGAUGGACUCUAUUGUGAAGCAGCGUCAGUUCUGGUCGGACAACGACGAGGACGUACUGAAAGCUAUCAGGAAUGGUUACAUGCUGACCCACUUGAACAUGUGGAAAGAGCUAGAGAAAUGGCCAAAGACUGUAACGGGAUUACCAAGCACUGCUGGCACCACGGCCAGUGUAGCUUUCAUAAGGCGCGGAAAAAUCUACAUUGGACAUGUCGGGGAUUCUGCAAUUGUACUUGGUUACCAAAAAGAAGGCAGCGAAGAAUGGGCCGCCAAGCCAUUAACAUCAGACCACAAACCUGAAUCCACAGCUGAAAUGGAACGGAUUCAAAGAUGCGGUGGCAAAGUGGUCUCCAAAGCCGGAGUCCCCAGAGUUGUAUGGAACAGACCCCGUCAGGGCCACAAGGGGCCUAUCAAGAAGAAUACCCCGAUGGAUGAGAUCCCAUUCUUGGCUGUGGCCAGGUCGUUGGGUGACCUGUGGAGCUAUAACACACAGAAUGAUGAGUUCAUUGUCAGUCCGGACCCAGAUGUGGGAGUACUGACUAUAGACCCAACUAAAUUUAGAUGCCUAAUAUUCGGAACAGACGGUCUAUGGAACAUGAUAUCGCCAGAGGGUGCUGUGAGCCUAGUACAGGCGACGGAAAGACACAACGAGGCAGCGCUGGUUGGGGGCUCCGCUAACCAGCCGAGGGACUGGCUCAACCCGUCCAAGAGCUUAGUCGACCAUGCUCUAGAGAGAUGGUCGAACACGCGCAUGCGCGCCGACAACACGUCAGUGGUGACGCUCAUGCUGGACCCGCCGGGGCCGCCGCGCGCCACCGUGCUGCGCGCGCGCUCCAAGCCCGCUCCCAGCGCCGCGCCCGCUCCCGUGCCUCCGCCCGACGAGCCCGACACCAGGGCCGUGCCGCAGAACGGGCUCACCAUCAUGACUAGAUACUCGGAUGUGGAUAGCAACAAGCCCGCUACCCCAGAGACAACUGAGAGCAGCAGAACACCCCUACCUCCGUGCGCGACCCUCGACGGGCGCUUCUCGACCGGCAGCGACGAGCGCGGCGACAAGCGCGAGCCGGACACCGACGCGAUGGCCAACUACGGCAACCCCGCCGAGUCCUACUUCAUGGCGCGCCUGCUGCAGCGGUCCAGGCUCGUCAACACCCUGUCCGCCGUCACCGAGGAGCUCGCCGGCGACAGGAGCGGGGAGCCCGAGCCGGAGCCCGCCACCGUGCUCCCCGAGCCCGAGCUCGACAAGACGCUCCCGGCCGACGUACCCGCCGAGCCGCCCGAGCCCGCGCCCGCGCCCGGGGAGCACGGCGCCGACGACGUCCGCAUACAGAUCAACGAGGUCUCCUCCAGCUCGCCCACCGAGGGGCCCCCGCGUCCGCGCGGCCGCCGGCUCAAGCCCGACGCGCGCCCCCCCGCCCCCGACCGCGUGCUGCGCUCGCACGACGCCGACUCCGCGCCGCGCCCGCACACCCGGCGGGGCGCCUCCCGCGCGCCCCCGCCGACGCCGACCGCGUCGUCAUCCUCAGCCGCCGCGCCCGCCCGCGCCCGCGCAGCCGCCCGACCGCGCGCCGCCGCGCAAGCCGCCCAACGAGCCCGAGCCGCGCGCCACGCGCUCCGCCGCGCCCGGCUCCACCCACGUCGCCACCAAGGUGGCCGCCCGGGAGCCCCGCGCCGCCGCGUCCCCGGCGGGAAACUCGGCGCGGCGGGCCCCGGCGGCGCGGCGGCCCGCGCUCACCCCGCACACGCACCCGGCGCCGCCCCCGCCCCCGCCCCCGCGCGGCAGCUGCAAGGAGAACCGCGCGCGCCCGCCGCCCGCCCGCGGCGCCGCGCUCGCCUCGCGCCGCUCACCGCGCACCGCGGAUAGCGCGCCCGACCCGGACGGUGCGGUGCACUCCACCACGCCCGCCGACGACUGCCUGCGCGCGAGGGCGCUGCGCUCGCGCAACGACGCGGAGCCGGCGCCGGCGCCGGCGCCGGUGAAGGCCGGCAAGCGGCGUGCGGUGGCG